AAAACGUACCGUUUGUUGUGGCCAUUUUUAAUUAAGGUGUACAAUGUAAUGAGAUUGUUUUCAGUAGUUUUGAUAAAUAUUCCAGUUUUAGGAACAAGUUACGUAGAUUAGGGAACCUAAAAUGUUCCGACACGAGUAUGGGCUCGCUAUGGACCGAGACCAGAAUAGUGCCUCAUAUGUGUCUUCGUUCCAAGCAGACGAUCUGAUGGAAAAACUGAAACUCCUAAACUACGAACGACUCCUGCUCAAGGAGAUGAAAAUGAAACAAAUCAAUCGCUACUAUUUUCUCAAAUCAUUCAACCCCGGUGAACAAUUCUUCAUGUUCACAUCCAUUUGCGCUUGGUUGAUUCGAAAAAUUGGCAAAACUUUUGAUCAGCCUCAAGAGUUCGAUGACCCCAACAUGGUAAUAUCGAGGAUCAUUCGAGUCCUGCAGGAAAUGGAUGUCCCCACGGAUUUUCAAACGAACAAACUUAUCCAAGGAGCAGGACCGAUUUGUAUUUACAUAAUGGACUGCCUAGCGACGCAGGCCCUAAAACUUACAAAAUUUCAAAUCAAACGACCAGAAUGCCGGAAAGAGGAUGAUCCAAUGGUAGAUUUGAUCGAAAAUGAUUCGGAGAUUAUCCUGGAAAAAGUGGAAGAAGAACAAAUGGCGGAGGGCAGCGAAGGAAGUGACGACGAAGGCAACGGGUUAUUCGAUUUGAAUUUCGCCGACCAGAAGAACAAGAAAAUUACUACCAAAGAAUACAAGGUUGACUCGUUGACCGAUAGUGAAAAUUGGCGGUUGGAACUCGAGCGAGUUUUACCCCAGUUGAAAGUCGUUGUCAAAACGGAUCCCCGCGAUUGGAGGGCACACCUGGAGCAAAUGAGAAGCCUUCGGUCGAAUAUCGAAAAUGCAACCGCUGAAACGGAUAAUCAGUUGAAGAAGCUACAAACGGAUAUCAGCUACGUCAUGGAGAAAAUUGAAAGUCGUGAAAAGCACUUGAACAACGAUCUCAAGGAACUGAUUCAGCAGUACAAACAGAUUCUGGUUGAAUACAAUCACGUGAACAAUCAAAUCAAAGGAAUCGAUAGCGAAAAAAUGGGGAAGGAACACGAGCUUUCAAAGAUAACGAUUGAGUUGGAGAACAUAAAGAUUCAAAUGGAACAGCGUGGGAAUUCGAUGACGGAUGGAAGUCCAUUGAUAAACAUCAAAAAGGCAAUAUUCAGAAUCAAAGAGGAAAUCUCUGAUAUGGAUGUGAAGAUUGGUGUCAUGGAACAUACGCUCAAUUCUGAAAUUAUCAAACAAAGUGCUCAAUAUGCCGAAUUCGAUUCAUUGGUCAUGGCCGCUCAUUAAGAUUAACUGAAUAUGAUAUGAUUGUAAAUAAUUAAAAGUAUCAAAUAUAUGAAUUAGUUUUAUUGA